UCUCGCUACGGCGAAACCCAUUUUUCUUCUUCCACCACCAUCUCCUCCACUUUCCACAGCUCCCUCUCUCUCUCUCUAGGAAGCUUUGCUGCUCCCACUAUUACUCUCUCUCUCUCUCUCUCUACCUCCCUCCCUCUCCAGACACUUGGAGUGCUCAAUCUUCAAGCUGGCGAUCGAAAAUCAAGACACCACCGUCCGCGAAAUCAAGCCGAAGAACCGCAGGAUCAUGGGUGCUGGAGGUCCAGAUGAUGACGACAACAGGUGGCCGCCAUGGCUGAAGCCUCUGCUCAGCGAGAGCUUCUUCGUGCAAUGCAAGACGCACGCUGACUCGCACAAGAGCGAGUGCAACAUGUACUGCUUGGACUGCAUGAACGGAGCUCUCUGCUCUCUCUGCCUCGUGUCUCAACACAAGGAUCAUCGUGCCAUUCAGAUAAGGAGGUCGUCGUACCACGAUGUGAUCAGAGUGUCCGAGAUACAGAAAGUGCUGGACAUAACUGGUGUCCAGACCUACAUCAUCAACAGUGCCCGGGUCGUGUUCUUGAACGAGCGACCUCAGCCAAGGCCCGGGAAGGGCGUCACCAACACCUGUGAAGUCUGCGAGCGCAGCCUCCUUGAUUCCUUCCGUUUCUGCUCGCUCGGUUGCAAGAUUGUGGGGACAUCGAAGAACUUCGUGAAGAAGCCGAUGAAGCUGAAGAAGCAACGGGCGAUGGCCUCCGACGACUCCGAGGAGGACUCAUACAGCAGCAACAGCAGCAGCAGCCGCCGCCGCCACAAGAGCCCCUUCCGCGGUGGCCACCACCACCACCACAAGGUCCACAGCUUCACGCCGUCGACGCCGCCGCCGACGGCCACCAACUACCGGAUCGCCAAGCGCCGGAAGGGGAUCCCGCACCGUGCCCCGACGGGCGGGUUCAUCAUCGAGUACUGAUCAAAGCCUCCAUCUCAACGCGUAAUUACGGUCCGCUGCCACGAAGUCAACGCCGAGCAAGUCGAGGUCCUUGCGAUUCCGUACCCGAGCUUCUCACCAAGGAGAGAGGCCGGUAUGGGGAGUGGGGCCCUCUCUCUCUCUCUCUCUCUCUCUCUAGACUUUUCUUCUUUUUCCUCUUUUUCUUUUGUACAUAGAAGCAUAGAUGGGGGUGAAAGAUGCAAUAAGCUAAGAAGUCAAGGACCACAAGGCAAAAAGAAGACCAAGUAAUAAUAGCAAUAAACAAGCGUAUAGAUGAAGUGAGCUUUUAGGUUUUUAGAGUGAGGGCUUUUAUACAUAUAGGUUUUGUAAGGGGGGGAAAAUGUGAAUACGGGGUUUUGUUGGGGUUCACUUCAGCUUUUAGUAUUUCCAGGGAGAAAGCCAAAAAAAAAAAAAAAAGGAAAAAAAAGA